AUGAGACGGGAUCUGCCAGAAUUAAAACAGGAGAGAUUCCAAUGGGCACCCGAGCAGAAAGACAAAAUUGACUUUGAAAAGAACUGUAUUUUCAUUGAUGAGGCUGGUUUCAACAUUAGUAUGAGAAGAGAAUAUGGAUGGUCGAAAGUAGGUGAAAAAGCUGUGCUUAAAGUUCCAGUCACCAGAGGUCUCAAUGUAUCAUUCUUAAGAGCCAUCUCUUCCAAAGGAUGCGUUGACUUAAAGGUUCGACUUCCAGCCGAAACUGCCCCCAACAAGAAAAGAAAACUCGGUUCCUACACCACAGUCUCGGAAAAGAAGACAAGAAUUGGCACCACGGCCAAUCAUUUCUGUGCAUUUGUCAAGUCUGUGCUUAGAGAAAUUGAGGCAAGCCAGGCACUUGAGGAAAUUAAGUAUCUGAUACUUGACAACGCAGCCAUCCAUAAACGUCGUGACCUCGAGUUAUUGGUGGCACUGAGUGGAAUGGAGCUAGUAUUUUUGCCCGCUUAUUCACCGGCUCUAAAUGCAAUUGAAGAGUUCUGGUCAGUAUGUAAGGCUAAAGUUAAGCGGUCAAACUUAUCUAGAAAAGAACAAUUAACUCCAAGGGUAAGAGAAGCAACAGCAAAGAUAACCUUAGAAAGCUAUCAAGGUUUCUGUAAACAUGCCAGUAGCUUCAUACCAUACUGUUUAGAGAAGAGAUCUUUCUAA